GCUAAAUUAAUUAAACUACGCUCAGUGUGAAUCCAACAUAAAAGUGAAUCGUCUUACGUGAAACCCGUUCAUUAAUUAAAAUAUCCUCGGGGGGUCUAAUUUCACUUCAUAUAUAUACACGGGGUAAGAGAUCACCCCUAUGUAUAUUUAUAGCACCAGGUAACCGAUUGGUCGGAUUACCUGUGUAGGAACGUUAACGGGUUUAUGCAUGACAGUGUGGUUAAAUACCACUCAGACACCUACCAGGACUGUUUUGGAGUAGAGUUUGUAUGAUUUCUCGGGACAGUGACGGACACACAACGAUGCCGUUCAGCCCCUCACCCACAAGUUUCGACCGGGGAUCACCGGAGGGGGACUCAGCGGACGGGGACAGCGAAUAUGAUGACCCCAAUAUGCGGCGUGGACGGCCCAGGGCGGAUGUUGUGAAUUCUUUGAUAUACCAGGGAUCAAUGUCGAACUGUAGUAUUCGUUGUGAGGUUUGCAACCGAGUGUUCCCCCGAGAAAAAUCAUUGCAGGCCCACAUGCGGACCCAUACAGGUGAGCGGCCGUAUGGAUGCGACUACCCUGGUUGUGAGAAGGCCUUCUGUCAGAGCGGCCAACUGAAAACGCACCAACGUCUCCAUACCGGGGAGAAACCAUUCAUGUGUUCAGAAACAGGUUGCUCCAGUCGGUUUACACACGCAAAUCGGCACUGUUCUGACCAUCCCUGUGCCACACUGGUCCGAGUAGGCCCCGAAGUCUCAAUCAAAGAUCUGAUAGCUCUACGUGAACAGGAAACUAGCUCAGAAGUCCGAGAGUGGCUCCAAAUUCAAAUUAUAUCUCGCCAAGACCGGUCCGGAAACAGGGCAAGAAAUCGCAAACCAACGAAAAGACUAAGUGACGGUUCACCUGUCGAAGAAUCUCAACCUGAACAGAAAAUCAAACCAGUGGAGGACCCUGAGCCCAAGUACACGGCCCCAGUCACAAACGAGAACAUCCAGCCGAUAAAUAACAACAACAACAACAAUGUUAACAAUAAUACGAUGUACCAGUCCCCCGUCAAAGAGGAAAUCAAGUACGACCCCAUGACUGUCGUGGACCACUCGGCGUAUAAUCCCCCGCUAAUAGCUGACUACAAGAUGCCCCUGUAUUAUCAUGAUUACCACCAUUACAAUUAUAAUAUGCAGCCGCCAAGAAACGAUUAUGAGAUGCAAUAUCCAGUGGUGCCAGAGGAUUAUCAUAUUGAUCACAAGGACACUAUUCCGCAAGUGGAACUCUACAAUUCGGAGCCAUAUAACCAUGAGUAUACCGUGACAGAACUGCAACCUAUGUCCAAUGUCAAAGUCGAACCCAACGGCGAAGAAAUCGGGGAAAUGACCCUGAGCCAACAGACUGACAAGUGGAUCUCGGCCUUAGCCCUCGUGGAACUGUCCCAUGCUGAUUUAUAAUGGCAUCUGCUCAGAAAGAAUCCAAAACAAAGUACUCAAAGACAAUUAUUUUUUAUCUCAAGUAGAGUGGUUUUUUGAAAGAAAGGAUACUGAUAUUUUUUUCAUUUUAUUUUUAUUAAUUAUCAUGGCAUAUAUAUUUUUAUAUUUAAUGAAUAUAUAGUUUCAUUGAACUCAUAUCAAGCUAUCAAUUCCCGUAGAUUGAAAUCCAAUAUCAAUUGACUAUGCAUUCCAGACUGAUGAAUUCCAUUUUCUAGUUGUUGAAAUAUUUAUUUUUUGUGAUUGUUAUCUGCUCUUACCAAACUCUAAUCUUGACUAUGCACAAGAAAGGGAGAAAUGAAAUCCAAUUUUGACAAUCCUGAACAAAAUUCUUGCUCUUUACAAAAAAAUUAGAUAUUCAUUUUGUAUUAAUUUAGUUACUAACCUGCACAAUUCUUAUUUAAUGGCAGAUCUAUAAGAUUAUUACCAGUUACCAUUGAAACCCCUCAACUGCUGAUUUGGACAAUGUAUCAGCUACUGAUAUUGUAACCAUUGUCCUUUUAAUAAUCUUCAAUCAUUAUAGCUAUUCUAUGCAAAUUAGCAGCGUGCCUUUUAUGUAGUAUUAUCUAACCUGCAUGCCGAUUACAUAUAUAUAUUUACAUAUGUAUGCAUACAAUCAAAGUAUAUCACCAAUGGGGACAGUUUUUGUCUGAACAGUAUAUACCAGAAAUCCGAACCAUUCUUUUGCAUUUAUUAUAUUUUUUAAUUAGAUUUGAAUAUUGUUAUAUAUAUAUGAUUAUGUGUGUGCGUGUGUGGUUAUUAUUGUUGAUGACUUUAUGCUACAAGAACAAAGAAUUCCAACUGCCUGCCGUCCAAUUUUUCAUCCAUCAGUCGCCAUCUUGUUACAUAUGCCAUUGGGACAAAUGAGUGUUGUUUAUACAAACCAAUUGUAUUAUUGUUAUAUAAAAUAUUUUCAAUUGAAAGAAAAGACUAAGUGUUUGAAUAUGGCACCAAUUUUAUCAACAUCGUUUUUGUUACCGAUUUGAUACCAUCAAUGAAUUGUGAUACAUGUACAUGUACAUGUACAAGAUUUCUUAGUUUGAUAUGCAAACGUAAUAUAUGUAAACAAUGCCAUAUGACAAUUUUUAAGAACAAUUAGAAAGAUAUGCCAAUAAUAGUUCAUAUAAUAUUACUGUUAAUGUAUAUAAAAUCAUAUUUUAUCAAUAAUUGCUUCACUAACCAUGUAUUUAAAGUGUGAAUGUGUGCAAUUUAUUUACUAAGAAUGCUUUUGUAUUUUUUAUCAUCUCUAUUGAAACCAUGGAAUGCUCUUGUUGAACGAAAACCAACUGUAUGCUGAUAGAUACAUUUUUCAACGUCAUUUUACAGAAAAAAAGUAUAUUUGCUACUUAAAAAUCAAUUUAAAAAUCUAAAAGAUGCUACAUUUUAUGUUGGACAUUUCAGAGUUUAUACAGAUGGAUAAAAAACAAUUUUUCUAUUAAUCAUGUUUGAAGAUUUUAUGAUAUUUGUAUAUAUUAAUACAAAAAUGGCCAAUUGUACAUAUUUUAAUUUUUUUAGUUAUAGAACAUAUCUUGUUGCUGCAACUUGGUUAAUUUUACAUUGCCAUGCUGUUUUUCCUCCUAAAACCAAGUUCUUAAAAGUAAUUUUGGUUGUACGGUACAUUAACUAGUACCAGUAUUUGUUAGAGUACCCUUGUUCCGAAUAGAAACUUAAUUUUAAUUAGAAAUCUCAUCUUUCAUCGUUAUUGAAUACAGGGUUUUUACUUAAAAGCAAAAAGUUGAGAUUUGGUGAGUUUGUUUAUGUAUGAUAGUAGUUGUUGAAGUCUGUGAUAAAUAAAUAUGAAAAGAUGUUGUUACAUUUGUAAAUGUAUUUCAAAAGAAAAUGGUUGUGUUCAGAAUUCUUCCCUCCAAAUACUUACAUUUUACAGAAUUGAGUUACUUGAGCAUACUUUAUACCCCCCCCCCCCUUUUUUUUUUUAAAUGUGAAAUUUGUAUUGCAUAUUUAUUAUCAAAGUAGUAUUUUGAUUUUGGCAUUUUGGAAAAGAAAAAAAAAGACACUGCAUGAAAUUCCAUGCUGCCAUAUACAGUAAAAUGAAAUACUCCCGAGAACAAAGAAAACAGUAUUCAAUUUUAUGUUAAUUUUUUCCUUUUGGUUAACUUAAUACAUUCCAUUAUUCAAUAAAACAAUAUUCUGCAGUUUAAAUCUCUGAAGAAAAUGCAGAAAAAUGUUGAACUGUAUUGAAUAUGGAAUUCUUUGCUUGUCUAAUCUGUCAUAGGUCUGUUACUGCUAUGAACUAGAUAUGCAUGUAUUGAUUUCAUUUCCAAUUUUGCAGCAUUUGCACUAUCAUUAUGAUCAACCUUAUGAUAUUUUCUUUUUAACAUUUGAUCUGAAUUGUUUUCUUUCAUUCCUAAACCUCAGUUGUCAUUUUUUGAACCUUGCAAUAUUUUUUUCCAUUUAAACUCUGUUCCCAAAUGGAAAUGUUUUACUCUAUAUGCACUGUGUGAAAAAAAAUAUGUAUGCAUCAUUGAAUACAAAGCAAUACAUACAUGCAUUUUAUUUGUUUAUAUGUUCAACGCUGGUUUAUUACAAAAUUUUAUAAUUCUAGCUAGAAUGCAAACAAAAUUGUUCAUCUUUCAUACAAUAAAAAGACCUCCUAAAAUGUUUGGGAUAAAAAGGAUUAAAUUAUGCUGAAAUAUUUAUAAACAUGUACAUGUUUUAAAAUGUUAAUACAUGUACUUGUGAUCAGAAAAAAAUAACCUUGAAUCUUUCAUUUCUUUACACAUUAAAUAAAUUACAAAAUUUUUUGGUAUUAAACCAAUUGCGAACCAACUGACUUAAUUUCUAUUUUACUGUGUAUGUAUAAAUGACAUGUAGUUUGUUACUGACAUAAGGUUUGAGGUUUUGUCUUAUUGUGGUGUUGAUUAUUAAUUAAUCAUAGUGCUGUUAACUCUAAUUAUCUUCUCUGUCAAUUCAUUUACGUGUACCAUAACAACAUUCCUGACUUUUGAUAACUAUUUUUAUUUCAUGAAUUUUAUACAGACUUUAAAAAAAUAAAAUAAUUCAAACUAAA